UCUCUUUUUUGAGUCGCACGGAAUUCUUAUGGCCUGACCAAGGGUUAAGCGCUUCGCAGCAACCUUGGGGGGACCUUUGCUCAUUGGUAAUGAACUGACCCCAGAUUGCCGCCCAGAUUAAUCCCUCUCCCACCAUUCCGUGCUGCUGCCCUCCUACUCUGUUCCCGCUCAAAGAAAGAGCUCUUUGAAAGCAGCAGCACAAUGUGCCUCUCUCCCAUCUUUUAUUCCAAACGGGCCGAAUCCUUUGUGCUUCCCGAGCCGGAUGGGAGGAGGGAGGAGCGCUCGGAGAUGGCCGCCCGCCUAGCUCCAUCCCUUCGCGAAGAUGCUACUCGUCGUCGCCACGACCCCCCCAAACCGGCGUCCCAAAGGGCUCUUCUAGCAUUCGGGGGGUGCCUUUCUUGAAAGUGCCCUCCGCCCCCCGCCCCGAGAAGCAUCGGCCAGCAAAGGGCCCACCUUUCGACGAGCCAUUGCCGCUUUAAGCAGAAGGCCAUGCUGGGCGGUGGGUUGGGUCCCGGUGCUCCCCCUCGCCUCCCCCCACGUGGUCUCGGUUCUUGUGAAUUUCAAUCGCUAGAGGGUCCGCGUACAGACACCGGCCCCGCAGCUGAGGCUGGGGCUUCCGUCCGGAAUCGGGGUUCCUCCUUAUCGCACGGGCUCCUCUUCCCUGCCGCCUUUUAGGCAGGCUCCUGCCGGAAUCUGGAACCGGCCACCGGCAGCCACCAUGAGCCAAGGCAGCCCCGAUCGGGCGAGCCGCGGGCUAGCGCAGCUACCGAGUCCCGGAGCGGCGGCGGACUAAGAUCGUGGCAGCCUCCAAGCUCAGCACCAGCCGCGGGAGGAGAAUGCAACGAGCGGGUCUGGCCGGGCUGGGCUCCGUGGCCGUGCUCUGGAUGCUAGCUUUGGCUUCCUUGGUGGGGCUGUGGAGUGGACGGAUCGGGGACCCGAGGACGACCGAGCCGAAGUUCCCGCAGGAGCCGGCCGACUCGCGGUUCGGCGGCAUCCAAGUAGCGCCGGCAGCAGCGAGCCGUCCCCUCCAGACAAGUCGCCUCCAAGCCGCCCAGAAAACUUUCCGAGCGCUGCUCACUCUCCCGGGACAGUCGACGGAGCUCCAGGAGGGGCAGGGGGAAAGCGGGCAGGAGCCGCCGCCGCCCUCUCCUCCUUCGGCUCGCCCUCGGCGGGAGAGGCAAGGCGCAAUGGGCGCCGAGGAGCAGUUUCCCUUCUUGCCGGUGCGCGGCGGGGUUUUCUGGAGCCAGACCCUGGAGGCUAAGGUGCCACCGGGCUUUCCGGCGGAGGAGUCCGCCUCGUGGCUGCGGGCGGCCCGAGAGGCGCGCGUCGUGUCGCUCGAGCGCGGCGGCUGCGGUCGCAGCUCCAACCGGCUGGCCCGGUUAUCGGACGGGAGCCGCGCCUGCGUGCGCUACGGCAUCAACCCGGAGCAGAUCCAGGGCGAGGCGCUCUCCUACCACCUGGCCGGGCUGCUGGGCAUUCAGGAGCGGCUGCCGCCUCUAGCGCUCUCCCGGGUGGAAGCCCGCGGCGGACAGUGGGCGGAAGUGCGCGACGAGCUGCGCGGCUCCCAUUGGGCCGAGGGGGCCGUGGUGAGCCUGGCGCGCUGGGUGGACAAUCUGACCGACGUGGUGGCCCCCGCCCCCUGGCAAGCUGAGGCGGGGGCGCCGGCGGCGGGCCGGAGGCUGCAGCCCCUGGCGGCGGGGGAGCUGAGAGGCCUGAGCCAGGCGCAGCUGGUGGAGCUGGUGCAGUGGAGCGACUUGAUUCUCUUCGACUAUCUCACGGCCAACUUCGACCGGCUGGUCAGCAACCUGUUUAGCCUGCAGUGGGACCCGCGCGUCAUGCACCGGGCCACCAGCAACCUGCACCGGGCCCCCAAUGGGGGAUUGGUCUUCCUCGACAACGAGGCCGGCCUGGUGCACGGCUACCGGCUGUUGGCCAUGUGGGACAAAUACAACGAGCCUCUGCUGCGCUCCGUCUGCGUCUUUCGCGAGGCCACCGCCCAGAGAGUGCGGGAGUUGCACCGCCUGCGCAACGCGGCGUCCGAGCUGCUCAGGCUCUACCGGACUCGGGAGCCCCUGGCCGAGAUUCUCGGCUUCCUCUCCGAACAGCAAGCCCAGAUGCUCCAGGAGCGCAUCGACUUUGUCCACAAGCACAUUUUGCACUGCAAAGCCAAGGCCGCCGCUCCGUGAUGCUCUUUGGCUUGGCGAAACCACCUGGAUUUUAUGAGACUCGGAAGGGAUUCAGGAAUGGGGGGAGAGAAGGGCGUCUGAAGGGGUCUUUCCCCCCUAUUCAAGGGCCUGGGGACCAAUAUCCACCUCUAAAGGAAAUCAAGGCUGGAACCCACUUGGGAGUUGACAGGAGCCCCUCCGUGCAGAAUGUUCCUGAGGUUUCACGGAGGAAUAUGUGGCAAGCCCAGCUAAAAAUGAACAGGAUUCCAAGUUUUUGUUUUGUGAGGAUGAAUAGCCAGUAGCUGAACUAGUUCUUGUCUCUCAGAUACUUUGUUCCUGGAAUCUAUGUGCAGAAUGUGAUCUUUUCUUUAUCUGACACUCCUAGUGUUAAGUUCCCAGUUCCUGAAGAAAAAGCGCCUUGCUGCCAAUUUCCACUCCUCUGGGGAGGCCUGGAUGUUCGGGAGAGAUGCACUCACAUGGCCUUCUGCACCCUGGGAGCCUCCUAGAUGCAUUGAACCACAUCUUACACCAUUGCCCCAGCUGGCAUGGUGCUGAGGGUGAUAGAAGUUGUAAUCCUGUUCAACAGGAGGGUGCCAUGGAUUAAAAUGUCAUAAUCCCCCCCUCCAUUUUUUAGAAUUAGAUGUAACAAUCCCCCUUCCCACCUUCUACCCCGGAUCUGCACUAUUGCCUAUUACAGAAAAGGUCAAAAAUAUCUUCCCAGUCUGCAGUUUUUGUCAGAAUUGCUGUGAAGAUGCUGACAGUAGUUGGGAGUUAAAAACAUAGCCGAGUUUAGGAGAUGAUUCAUGCCUUUGAUAUAAUCUAUACAUAAAAAUUAGCUUUCUCUGUCCACAUUUCCCUUAUCGGAUGUUAAAAGCUCUUAAAAAUCAAAUUAAAAGGUCCUGUACAAAAGUUGUGGCCAGUGCUUGAAUAGAACACCUCCCUUGUCCUUCCACUGGACAUCAAGAGCUACAUGUGUUUUUUUGUCACACCCUUUUUUUUAAAAAAAGAAAACUCCACAAAACAAUUUAAUAUCUAGAUACUGUAACUCUACUUACAGAACAGUGUUUUCUAGUGAAUUUCCAGUCAACAUGGACAGCAACAAAGUCAACAGUUAUAACAAGUAUGCAGAAAAGUCAAUGUUAACACCUUUUAUCCCUUAACAGUGAGAAGUAUUUGGCAAAAAAAAAAAAAGUUGUUCCACAGCAUUUCUGUUUUAUAUGUAACCCACUAUUGUAUAAUAAAAUGGGGCGGGGGAUUUCCAGGUUUAUAGUAUUGUCAGUGUAGUAAAUUUUGAUGCAUUAAUUUGGAGAAAGGAAAAAUCAGUUUCUUGCACUUUACUUUCUUUUUAUAUAUACAUAUAUAUAUACAAAAUCUUGUUAUUUAAAAAAAGUCUGCAUUUUAGGUACAUGAUAUAUGUUCUUAAGCCUUUCUGUAAUAUACUAAAGAACUGGAUAUUUCAGUAAAGAUGUGUUAAUGUUUUGCCA